CUUCUCAAAAAGUCAGCGCGCAACUUCAGUAGUUAUCUUUUCCUCAUUUUCUGUGCGCUAGAGAAGCUAGACGUAGCGUAUCACUUACCGGUAAUGGGCUCUUCACUUGGCUCCAGGAAAAUCUUCCAGUUUUUUCGAGUGUUCGCUUUGGAAAGGCUUCUUUUCAAGCUGAGGGGAUAGUUGUUACUUGGGCAGGUGAGGGCCCAAAUAACCGGUUGAUGACAGCCAGGACGCGAAUGGACAAGCACCCAUUUGGCGGACAGGAGCUUUGAACGGAACGAUUACAGGUCAAUAUUUUUAAAAAUAACAUCAUUUUCAAUAAGAAAGUAUAAACAUUUUGGUUUAAACGCGUUGCAGCCGUUGCUGAGCCGUGCGCAAAAUGCGUGCGUAAAGUUGGUGCCACUUCAAAUAAGUCAAGUUCUUCAGCUGCCGUUUGGCAUUAGUUUUGGCAAUCAUGGCAAAAUGGUUUCGAGAGUUUCCCAUCAACCUGAAGAACGGCAGCGAACGAGGUCGUUCGGCCUCCGAAUCGGGCCCACAAGCACGACACAAACCUUCGUUCUCCCGCGACAGCCUGAAGGGAACCCCGCGUAAAGAUAACGGAGUGGCUGCUUUACUAGCAGGGAGAAAUCGGAAGAAUUCGGCCACGGAUUUGGGUCGGAACCAAAACACCGGCUCUGCGGGUGGAACUGUGUGGGAAACUCUGACGCCCGGAAAAAAUCGCAAGAGCUCCUCCAAGGUGGAGGCGCCCGAGGAGAAGGCUCAGGCGAGGACCACCAGCCUGGCUCAGGCUUACAUAAGCAGGAUGAUCAAAGUGGACAAGCAGGACAAGACCCCCAAACUGAACGGGAAAAGUGAGCCGACUAAAACCGACCUGGACAAUGGACGUUCUGCCAUUAAUACAACGCUGAUUAUCCUCGAGGACUAUGCAGAUCCUUUCGACGCGGAGAAAACCAAAGAACAGAGGGAGGCGGAGCGAGCUGGAGUGAAUGACGGUUACAUGGAGCCUUAUGACGCCCAGGUGAUCAUCACAGAGGUUCGCCGGCGGGGCUCCAAGGACCUCCUCAAAGUAUGCGUGCUGCUCGACCCAGGCCAGGCGGCCGGGAAGGUAGAGGAGGGCAGGCCACCGCCGCCCAACAUCUACGAUACGCCGUACGAAGGCAGACUGGAGGGCGACAGCGAGGGCGUGUGGAUCCCCGUCACGCGGCCAGAGUCUGACAUCCGUCCGGCCGCCGAGUAUGAGCUGCCCUGGGAGUGGAGGAAGGAGGACAUUGUUCGAGCCCUGUCAGCCCAGUUUGAGGCAGUGGAUUGUUCUCCCGCUAAAGAGAUCGGUCGUCAGCAGCAGCAGCAGCAGCAGCAAACUCUGAGACAGAAGAACUGGACGCACAAAACACUGGUGUCCACCUCUUCAUCUUCCUCCUCCUCCUCGCCCUCCUUUCCCUCGUCACCCAUUCUCAAGCUUUCCCCGAUAACAACCUCGUCCCCGUCGUUCCCCACCCUGAGACUCUCGCCCUCUUCCAACCCCAACAAACCUCCCUCUCCUACCUCACCGAACGCCCCACUGGAUGGGGAGUCGGUCAAAGUGGACCCCAGCCUGUCACUGGACAAGCAGAGCUGGUACCAUGGUGGCGUGAGUCGGCAGCAGGCUGAGGCUCAGCUGCAGCGCUGCAGGGAAGCCAGCUUCCUGGUGAGAGACAGCGAAUCAGGAACCAGCAAGUACUCCAUCGCUCUGAAGACCAGUCAGAGUUGCGUGCACAUCAUCGUGGCCCAAACGAAGAGCAGCAAAGGCCUGGGCUACACUUUGGAUCAGAGUAGCUGCGUCUUCACCAGCAUCCCUGAGCUGGUGCACCACUACUGCACGCACAGACUUCCCUUCACUGGGGCCGAGCACAUGACCCUGCAGCAUGCCGUGCAAAGGUCGUAUUUGUAACGGGCGUGAUACGUGUACUCAAAGAUGUGCUGCUGAGGAAUGUCCUGUUUACCAUUUUAUUUGAGGGGGCAAGAUGAUAGAAAUUGUUUUGGAAAAAGGGCAGGCCGAACAGAUGAGCAAGCAGGAGAGUAAAUUACGCUGACACCUUAGUCAGGAGGAACUCGACUUUAUAUCAAUAAAAACCUUGUGCAUUCUUCAUGUUAAGAACUUUGGACAAGCUUACUUUUUUAGUGCACCUCCAUUGCUUCGAAGGACUCAUUUUGGUCUGCUCAAAGUAUUAUAUGAGACCAGUGUUUCAGAAACUUUGAGCCAAGGAAAAUAUGUUACAUUCGAAAAAUCUCAUGGCAUACCAGCAAACAAAAAAGUAAAAAACACAUUUCAAUUAUGUACCUUCUAACAUUUAAUGGAAGAGGAUCUAAAUGUCCUGCCUGUCUCUAUAAAAUGCUGGCAUAGACAGAUGAAAAAAAUACAUCAUUUGUUCAUUUAAAAAAAAAAAACGAAAGAAAAUUUAAUACAAUUGGAUCAGUGAUUGAGAAUUACUGCAUUACGCUUCUUAUGGUGAAACCAAACACUCCACGUGGAAUUACAGCUUAACCUCUAAAGUCAAAAGCCCCUUAAAAGUACUAACCCUGCCGAUUCCAGCCACCAAUAAAGACCAAAAAAACCCAUUCAGGAAGUCUUCCUCCGCAGUAGUUGGCGCUACACGCGGCAGUUUGACCAAUCGGUGAAUCAUCAACUGUGCCAGAAAGGUUUUUGUUCACAUUUUUUUGUCCUUGUGUUAACUAAAAUGUUAUAUAUCAAAAGUACUAGAGGUGUCGGUACUCGGUAUCUUUGAGUACUCAAAGAGUGAGUACAUAUAGAUAUGAGGAAAUUAUGUUUGUUUGUUUUUUUAAGUAAAUAAGAGCUCUGAAUAAACAUAACCCGUGUUACCAAUGGCCAUAUCGCAAUUUAAAAGCUCUCGAGUCUGCUUUACCAAGAUGCUUUAACACAGAGGUGCUGACACGAUCAAGAGCAAUGCCGGACAAUUAGGCUGACUUUGUUAGAUCAAUACAAGUGAUUGGAGUAUAGCCAUUCGUCCAUCCGCGGCUGUCAGUCCUCCUAUUGAUUCAUCCUGAAAAUGAGGCUAAUUUGCUAGCCAAUCUGUUUGUCAAGAGAAAGAGCUUUAGUAGUGAUUACAUGGCUCGGAAGGAAGGUAAUGCAGGCUUCAGGGUGGGGUGGGGGGAACGGCGCUCUUAAUGUUGCAAGUCAGCAGAAUUGUCAAAGAAUGCUGAGGUGUGCACAUAAAUGCAGGACUAUGAUCUAAAUAUUCUGCUUUUUGGUGAUGAAAACGUGUCUCCUGUGCCUUUUCAUGAAUUUCCAUAUUUAAAGUACUCUUAGAGCCAUACUAAAUUUAUAAAGACAUUGUUAUUAUUAUAUAUUUUGUGGAUGGGGCUUAUGAGAUUUUUUUUCCCCCCACGUUUUUCAUGGCGGACCAGUUUACAUGCUCUCACAGGCCAUCUCUGCCUUCAAUGAUGCAUGCAUGAAGUGGCUGAGUGUUUGUUUGAUCAGCCCACAAUCAUGAUGAAUGCUGUAUAUUCUUGUUGUAAGCAUGUAUCCAGUAAAUAAAAUUGCAUUGGUGA